AUGCCAAUUGGUCUCAAUCAUGCAGAAAUAUGCGCCAAGUUUGAUCGUUUGGUCUCUGACGGCAUCAUCGCUUAUCAGCCAAGCAAACCGGUUCUCGUGGCCGACAAAGGCAUGAUGUUUUGUUUCCAUGUUGUCCAGUCCUUAAAAAAUAAGCCGCAAGCUGAAGACACCAUCAGCGUUGCGAAACCCACAAGCACAGACUCGCAUUUUCUAUCCGGUACUUUUGGUCCUGGAAGUGAUAUCCUUCGGGAUCAUCCCGAUGUGUGUAUCACAAAAGUCAAUGACACGCAUUAUCUUGUUAUCAAUAAAUUUCCGGUUCUCCGCCCCAUGCUGCUUCUGCUGACAGUGGACUCAUAUCGGAGACAGCAUGAGCCACUGGAUUUGGAGGACUUGGAUGCUGGGUGGCAGAUGAUGCAUGCAAUGGAAGAGGAACAUUAUGUUUUCUUCAAUUGUACGGUUACUGCCGGGUCAAGCAGAGCUCAUAAGCACCUUCAGGUGGUCCCCGCCCCAGGCCAUGAGGGAUAUCCGGAAGGUUUCAGAUUUUUCCCAGACUGUCCUCCUGGAUCAGAUGCCAGACCACCACCUUUAUUGUACUUCAUCCAGCGCUUCGAUGAGUUGUCGGGCGGUCAAAUUAAAGAUAGUGCGCAGCUACUGGAAAUUUAUUCGAGAUUAUUGCAAAGGGCCAGGGAUGCGUUGCAACUGCCUGAAAGUGAGGCAGCAUGUCCGCAUAACUUCGCUAUGACCGCAAGAUGGAUGAUUGUUAUUCCCCGAAGUACAAAAGAUAUCCAUGGCGUUACGGCAAAUACCCCAGGAAUGCUAGGCUCGGUCUACAUUUCGAAUCAAGAACAGCUGGAUGAGUGGAAAGCUUUUGGUCCGACGAAUGUCUUGACUGCUCUCGGGCUACCAGCUCAGAAUUCAUGA